AUGGUGAAAUCACCAGAGGGCAAGGUGCAGGGAGAAUCCCGGCGCGUAGUCACUGGGCAGAGCGAGUCUGCUGAGGGCAGGCGGCUUAGACGGGGAGCAAAGCCAGAUACCAAGCCAAGCAAGAAAGGAAGUACAGGACAAGCGAAAAAGGCGGAGAGAAAAAGAAAGGGGAUCGAGCUGACAGACCUUUUAGCGGCUGUCACCGACGAGACGGGGGAGAAAAGCAGAACAACGUACCUAGAAAGAGAUAGGAGAGACAAGAGAAGGAAAAGGAGGAUAUAUCAGACUCAAGGACAGAGCCUUGAUAAUGGAGAAGGUGGGUUGAGAGGGGGGAAGAGGGAGGGAGAGGAGGAGGAGAGAGAAAGAGGAGAGGGAAAAUGCGAGAGUAAAGAGAGCAGCCAAGCCGGUCAGCCUUCACAGAGAGACAGACAGAGGAGGGGGCGGAUAGUACCAAGGAAUGAAGACAAGGCCCCCAAGCAGGGUGGACAUUGCAAUUCAUCCUUGAGGUGGCUGAAGUAG